UUAAUGUCUCGAAUAGAUAUUCAAGGUGAAAUUUUUAAGCCGGGUGAAUCUUACACUAAUCGAUUGAGUAAGAUUCUUGAGGAAUAUCCGGAUGGUUCUCAAAUUCUUCGAGAAAUUAUUCAAAAUUCUGAUGAUGCGAAAAGUAGAUGUCAAUCAUUCAUCCUUGAUCGAAAUACCUACCCGACAAAGAGUUUACUAGAGCCAAGAUUAAAGGGUUAUAAUGAAACAAAUUUGAAAUUAGAUAGGUACCAAGGGCCGGCUCUUUUGUCAAGAAAUGAUUCAAUUUUUGAAGAGCGUGAUUUCAAGUCAUUGUUAAAAUUGGCUGAUAGUGAAAAGUAUGAUCAAUUCGAUAAGAUUGGCGCAAUGGGUCUAGGUUUUAAUUCUGUAUACCAUAUAACAGAUUUACCUAGUUUUGUAACUGGCGAUAAAUAUGUGAUUCUCGACCCUCAUGAGCGAUAUUUCGAUGGUGGUAUCAAAUUUGACUUUGUUCAAAAUAAAAUGGCUAUUAAUUACCCAGAUCAGUUUUCUCCCUUUUCCCCUUAUCAUAUUCCACGUGAUAAAAAUUUUCAAGGCACUAUAUUCCGUUAUCCUUUACGCACUGCGCAAGAUGCCAUCGAAUCAAAAAUAUCUGAUAAGGAAUAUAGUCCUGAUCAAAUCCUGGAAAUGUUUCACAAAUUUUAUGAGAAUGAGAGUAUAAAUUGUCUUUUAUUCUUGAAACAUAUUGAGUGUAUUAAAUUUUAUGAACUUGGUGUUAAUGAAUCGGAACCAAAGUUACUUUACCAAAUUGAACUUGCAAAUGCUGAUAAAGUUCGUGUAAAAAGGGAAUUAAUCGAACAAAAUAUAGGUCCUAUCAUGAAUUCUUUAUCAACUAGAAAGCACACUAACAUUACUUCUUUGGAGUCUGUAUAUGUUGCUAUCUUCCACCAAAAAAUGGGUAUUGAAAAAGUAAAAAUUAGUCAGUGGAUUAUAUUUAAUUGGCUUGGCGAUUUAAAUGACGUAGAAGAAAAGUUUCAAAGUAAUUCAAGAAAAAAUUACAAAUUUAUUCCAAAUGUUGGUAUUGCACUUCAAUUUGAUGAUUAUGCGGCCUUCGGGAGAUUGUUUUGCUUUCUUCCACUACCUAUAUCGAUGCCAUUUCGCGCCUCUGUGCAUGGUCAUUUUGCGGUCAGCGCAAAUAGGCGUUCUCUUUGGACUGCCUCGGAUAAUGAAGAUUUGGCUGAUAAUGCGUUAGCCCAAUUAAAAGUGUCAUGGAAUCAAUAUCUUAUCGGUGUUGUCCUUCCACAAGCAUGGAUCAAAUUCUUGAUCACUCUUCCUUCAGUGAUUCCAUUCGUCAAAUCUCAAGAAUAUUAUGAUUUUUGGCCUAUAAUUCAAAAUUCAAUGUCUGGCGUUUCUAUUAAUCUUUGCAAAGAUCUAUUACUUAAUAUAGUUGAAAAUCUUAACCAAGAUGAUGAAAUAUUUCAAGGUCCAUCAAAAUUGUACGAACCUGGGUGUAUAUUUGGCAUCUCUGAAACAUAUAAAAAAAUUUCCGCGUCCAAUAAUUUCAAUUUUCGUUUAUUAUCAAUCUCCAAUGGUUAUUUUCCUGAUGAUUCUGCACUUCCAGAAAUUUCAAAUAUUAUAGAAAGCAUUGGAUUCCCUGUUAUUUUUGUCAAACCUGAGAUAAAAAAAUAUGUUGAUUUUGAUGGACUUGAGAUGAUACCGUUAGCUGAUGGUACUUUUGGAACAAUUUCCCGUGCAACUAAACGUAUUGCGUACAUAGGUCCUGACAAGAAGCAAAAAUCUGAAAAUAAUGAUGAAAGUGUGAUCUUUGCCAGUUGUUUAAAUCAAUUAAUCGACAAAGAUAUUCCAAGUGAUUUAUGGCUUCAUCUUUACGAAGGUGCAAAAAGUGGAUGGUGCCUCAAUAUCAAGAUUAUGACUCCGUCCGCAAUGUCCGAAAUGAUUAUGAAAUCUUUGAAAGGAUAUUCGGCUACUGAUGAUGAGAUAGAUUCUAAAGAUCAUAUUGAAUGGAUCUAUAGGAUUUGGUCAAACUUGUACAAAACGCGUUGUGAUUUAGAUGAAUUUCGUUCUAUUCAUUUAUUACCCACAAAUCAUGGAACCCUUAGAAAAUUGCAAACUGCUCAAAAAUGUUUUUGGAAUGGUAUUGAUGAUGUUGAUAUUAAAGUACAACCUAUUUUUGAAAAUUUUGGCGCCACAUUUGUUGAUAAAGAUUUCGAAAAACACGAUUUCUCGGGUUGGUUAAAGUUAUCAGAAUUUGUUACCAAACUUAAAAAUGUUGCCAGUGUUCUGAGAUGCUUUCUUGUAAAUGAAAAUUUUCCAAAAAAUGUACAACAAAAUUUGAGUCCUCAAGAAACGGCUGAUCUGAUUAACUAUUUAUGUCAUAGGAGUUCUGGUAUUGGUAAUUCGCCUGAUCUUAUUGAUGCAAUCAAACAUUUUCCAAUCUUUACUGAAGUUGGUAAAAAAGAUGAAUUCAUAUCUCUAAAACCUGAUGCAAGAUCAUGGUAUUUACUUCCUCUUGAGGACGAAAUGGAUUAUGGUUAUAUAAUUGCUCCAAAUACAGUUGGUUUCCUUGCCGUUACGACCACAAAUUUAAGAUUCCUUUUUGAAACCAUUCUUAGGAUUCCAAGAUUAAAACAAGAGGAAUAUUGGCGUAAAUUUGUGAUUCCUUAUUUAAGAUCUCAACCUCCUGACAUUUUUAAAAUAAUGCUCACAAAAUUGUUUGAACGACUCCCACAACUCAUUUCAAGAGAUGUAAAGUUAAAAUACGAAUUAAAUAAUAUGGAAUUUGUUCCAGCUGGAACAAUUCUAAUGUCAAAAAAUAAUCAGUCUAUGGUUGAUAAUUAUGUUUUGAGAAAGCCGUGUGGUCUAUAUGAUCCUGAGAAUAAAGAUAUUGCUGAGUUAUUUUUUGAUGAUGAAAGCGUGUUUCCUGCUGGAAUUUUCUCAACAGAUUUCUCGUAUAGAUAUUUACCAUUAUUGAAAGAGCUAGGAAUCAAAUCACGUCUUUCUCCGAGUGAUGUCGUUCAACGAAUAGCUGUUUUUACCAAACGAAGAGAGGUUGACGGCCUCAUGGAGUUGACCUACCAGAAAUCGAUAAAAUUAUUUCAAUAUAUUGAUGAAAAUUAUGAAGAACUUAUACUCUCUGGUGGUCUUGAAUCUAAUGGUUCUAUCUCUCAAGAAGCAUCACAAUUAGCACUUACUUUGAUGAGUAAAGAUUGGAUUCCUGCCGUAGAUCGUCUGGGAAAAAAAUUAUUUUUAAAUUCAUUAGAUUGUCGAAGUGAAAAAAAUAAGAACUUAAUCGGCCUAGUUCUUCCAGUCGUAGAAUAUUCUCCGAAAAAUGACCUUUUUAUCAGGAAUUUACAAUGGGAUUCAUUUCCAUCUGUGGAUGUCGUUCUCAAGCAACUUAAUUCUUGUAUAGAACUACACAAAGAACAGCAGUCUUGCACUUCUCAAAUUCAACAUGAUAUACCAAAGAUAUGCGACGCAAUAUACGAGUAUCUAAAUGAAUUAUAUAUGUUGAAUGAUUAUGAAUCUAUAUUAAAGUUCAAAAACGGGCUUAAAGAAGGGUCUGGAAAAUGGAUUUUAUGUAAUGGAAAAUUUUAUUCUUCUGUUAAUGUCGUAUUCGAGUUUGAGAAAGGUUUUACAAGUGGCGCUUUAGAGAUCGUUCAACUUCCAUGUGAAUAUAAAACUAAAUACAGAUCGAUGUUUGAAGAAAUGGGUGUUAGACAAAAAAUUGGAAUUUCGGAUUUUAUCGAGAUGGCUAAGGAAUAUCAAAAUUGGGAUGCUACAAAAACUUUAUCAAGUGAUGAAAUACGUAAUAUUGUUAUGCUUAUUGAUCACAUUUCACAAAGAAUUAGUAGACCAAUUGGUUUCAGUUUCGGUCAAUCCAUUAACAAUUUAAAGGAUGAUUAUGGAUUAGAAAAAUUAUUGAUUCCAAGCACCGAUUGUCAAUUAGUUGAACUAAGUGAAAUUCUAUAUGAUGAUAUGUUGAAUAAUAGAUUAGACGAGGAAAGGAAAAAUGAUUUUAAAAUAGCACAUUCUUUGAUUUCGUUUGGUGUUGCGAAAUCACUUGGAAUGAGGAUGCUUUCCGAAAAAUUACUUGAUGAAUCUGAUGAUUUUAAUGAUGAUCUUGAAGAUUAUGAACAAAGUGAACCAUUGACUGCCAGAAUUCGCAAUAUCAUUAAUGAUUAUCCACUCGCUUCGUUAUUUAAAGAAUUUUUACAGAAUGCGGACGAUGCUGGAGCUAGAAAAUUCUAUUUAAUCGCGGAUGAUAGAUCCUUUAACACACGAAGUCCUGAUACUUCACUGUUAACUCCUGAAAUGGACGUUUGGCAAGGGCCUGCAUUAUGGAUAUAUAAUGAUUCGGAAUUCACUGAAAAAGAUUUUAAAUCGCUUCGAAAUUUAGGAAGAAGUGAAAAAUCUAAAGAUAAUACUAAGAUUGGAAGAUUUGGAAUAGGAUUAAAUUGUUGUUAUCACAUAUCGGAUGUAAUAAGUUUUGUAAGUGGUGAAUAUAUCACUUUCUUAGAUCCAUCGCAAAAAUGGUUACCCAAGACUGGCAACCCUCCAAGAAAGCCUCGUGGUAUAAGGAUUAACUUUAUCGAAAAGGAUUUCAAAAAACGAUAUUCUGACCAAGCAAAACCUUAUAUGAAUAUUAUUGAUGGGUGCGAUUUUAGUAAAAGAUUUAAUGGAACCUUAUUUAGAAUACCUUUGAGAACAAGAUUACUGGCAACACAAAGUGAGAUAUCAGAUAAAGCAUCGACCCUUCGUGAAUUAGUCGAUGUUUUCAGUAGAAUACAAGGAAGUCACGAGAUGUUAUUUUUAAGGAAUAUAGAAAGUUGUAGUUUACGUUUUAUAAAUCAAAAUCCUAAUCCUGACCAAGAUCAGAGGGUAUUUUGGGAAUCCAAGAUUAAUAAUUUAACGGAUCUCAUCCGUGAACAGCGACUUUUACUUUCUUCUGAAUCACAAUUAUUUCAACUCGAAAUUGAAACAAAAAGAUUAAGUGGUAUCAGAGCGGCUUCUGAAAUUUGGCUUAUUUGUUCCGGUGGAGCUGAUAUAGUUGCAAAUUAUGAUUUAGAGUCAUUUUCUCUCAAGAAUAAACUUUUACCAAGAGGUGGUGUUGCUUCACUACUUGCACAAUCUGAUGAGUCAUUAGAACAACUAAGAACAAAACCGUUCCCAUAUCCUCCCGCGCUUAGGGGUAGAAUGUAUUCGUAUUUAUCUUUACCAAUUCUCACUGGUUUGAAUGUCCAUCUCAAUGGAACGUUCGCUCUUUCUAGUGAUAGGAAAAGUCUUUUGCAAUAUGAUAGCGCUUUCAUGCUUUUGGAAACGCCAGAAAACAAAUGGAAUGAAUAUAUUUUAUUCCAUAUUCUUCCACCUUUACAUGCGAAACUUUUGGAACAAAUAGCAUUAUUAGAUCAUAAACGGUUCUUACAGUCGCCAAAGAAACAGUUUGAACCAAUUACAUCCACAAUACUGUGGCCAAUUGUUAGAGAAACAAAUCAUAUAUUCGGAAACUAUGUAAAAAAAUUAAUGCAACAAUUGGAACUCGGAGAUCACAAAAUUUUCUGGACUCUCGCGAACGGAGGAAUGUUUACCUCUCAUAAAGAUGCUUAUUUUGCAGUACCCAAACUUAAAAAUAUUGCUAAUGUUCUCGCAACUUUAAAUAUAUCAACCGUAAAAUUAACCGAAAAUCAAAUGAGUGAUCUUAUGAAAUCACUUCCAAUGACUAAAACCAUCACCGUUCAAUUGAUUUGUAAUGUUUUUUAUGAAACUCCCAACGUUUGGGAUUCUUUUGACCAGCCUCACAGCUUGGUUAUCAUACCGUUACUUGAUGGAACUGUUGGAACAUUUGGUCAUCAAAAUUAUUAUAUAUCAUCAUCACGUAUGCGGGACUUAUUUAAAAAUGUGGAGAAAUCUAAAUUUGUUGUUGAACUUCCACCAGAAAUUGAAAAAAGAUUUAAAGAUGAAGUUUUCGGUCAUGUUAACGGAAUAAAAUUUCUUGAUCUUGAUGAGACUGCAGUUCUUGACUUAUUAGAAUACGAGUUGCCACGUAAUCAAGAAAUAUAUUGGAAUCCUUCCGAAGACACACAUCCGAACCAACAAUGGAUAGAUCAGAUUCUUGCGAUAUUUAUGUUUGAAAAUUCACAAUAUGAUUUCUUAGAAUUUUCAAAGUUUCCAUUAUUACCGAUGGAAUGGCCAGAAAAAAAACUCGUCUUAUUUAACCCUUAUGAUCCUUUACUACACUUGCCUCCAGAAUUGUAUGAUUAUGGACCAAUGAUUCCGAUAUUAGCAAAAUUAGGAGUUAGGUUUACUACGUGUAAACCUCCUCCACAAAAUAAUGGGCUUAAUCCAAAUCUCGCAAUUAUUAGAGAAUGUAUUCUUUUAUCAACUCCAACAAACAUGGUCGAGUCUCUUAAAAGAGCUGUAUCAAAAUCAUCGAAAACAUUAGAGCAAAUAUUUUUGGAUCUCAAUUCAGAUGAAAUUGAAAAGUUUAGAAAUUUUGUUCGGAAUGCAUCUAGAAUCAAUUUGGCAAAGGAUAUCAUGCUAUACCUCGGUGCAUUGCCAAUUUGGUCAACACAUUCACAAGAUAA